CAUAAAGUGGAAAAAAAGAAAGAAUAAAAAAAGAAGAAGAAGACCACACCACUUGCACUUGUGUUGUUGUUGGGGGGCGGCUCAUUACACACGAAGGAGGAAGGCGCGAACUUCAAGGUCGCUUCUCGACGACCAAACCAAGCAACCAACACUGUGAUUUUUUUCAACACUCAGGGUCACGGGUUCUUCGUUUUCGUGCUUGGGAUCAGCAAAAGGGCUUCCCUGUGAUUCCGAGCUAUAAAGGUCGGAAAUGGCGGCUUAUGUUUCUGUUGGAAACAUUCAUGCUUUCUAUCUUGAGGGGCAGGUACACAGGGAACAAAGUUACCGACAAGAUUCAUGGAGUUCUGGCUUUUCUACCAGGACAAAUCCAUUCAAAGUCCCCUUUUCUUGGUCAAGUGGCGUAUCUAAGGCAUUAAAAUCUGGGAGAUGUGGUUGUUAUUCUCGAGGUGUUUCUACAAACAGUGAAAGCUCAAAACUUUGUGGAAGUAUCAAGGCUGUUUCCGCAUCUUCUUCGACAAAAUAUUAUGAUUUCACUGUGAUUGGAAGUGGAGUGGCCGGUCUGCGUUAUGUUUUAGAAGUUGCAAAGCAAGGGACAGUUGCAGUGAUUACCAAAGAUGAGCCUCAUGAGAGUAACACAAACUAUGCUCAAGGUGGUGUUAGUGCAGUGUUAUGCCCUUUGGAUUCUGUAGAAAGUCAUAUGCAGGACACAAUGGUCGCCGGUGCUCAUCUUUGUGAUGAAGAAACCGUAAGAGUAAGUCCACUGUAUCCUGCAUUGUUAUGUGCUGUAUGCUGUUCAUUGCCUGAGAAACUAUCUGAUACAUGCUUGUCUUCUGAAUGUCUUAAACACGGUCUGGAUAUCACCCGUCAGCCUNGCGAGGAUGGAAACUUGCAUUUGGCAAGAGAAGGUGGUCACUCGCAUCGUAGGAUCGUUCAUGCAGCUGAUAUGACAGGAAGAGAGAUUGAGAGAGCUUUACUUGAAGCCGCACGUAACGAUCCCAACAUAUCUGUCUUCAAACACCAUUUUGCAAUCGAUCUGCUCACUUCUCAGGACGGUUUGAGCACAGUUUGUUAUGGUGUUGACACUUUGAAUAUCAAAACAAAUGAGGUGGUACGCUUUAUAUCGAAGGUGACACUGCUUGCUUCAGGUGGAGCUGGGCAUAUCUAUCCAUCAACCACAAAUCCUCUGGUGGCUACUGGAGAUGGGAUGGCUAUGGCUCAUCGAGCUCAAGCUGUGAUCUCAAAUAUGGAGUUUGUGCAGUUUCAUCCUACUGCCUUAGCCGACGAAGGUCUUCCCAUCAAACCACAAACCGCUAGAGAAAACGCGUUCCUCAUCACUGAGGCCGUUAGAGGUGAUGGUGGCAUCCUCUACAAUCUAGGAAUGGAGCGAUUUAUGCCCGUAUACGAUGAGCGAGCUGAGCUUGCUCCAAGAGAUGUGGUAGCAAGAAGCAUUGAUGACCAGCUCAAGAAACGGAAAGAAAAGUAUGUGUUACUUGACAUAAGCCAUAAGCCGAGAGAAAAGAUUCUUGCCCAUUUCCCCAACAUAGCUUCUGAAUGUCUUAAACACGGUCUGGAUAUCACCCGUCAGCCUAUCCCGGUUGUCCCUGCAGCUCAUUACAUGUGUGGAGGAGUUCGUGCUGCUUUACAAGGCGAAACCAAUGUCCUUGGAUUGUUUGUAGCAGGUGAAGUAGCGUGUACCGGUCUCCAUGGGGCAAACCGUCUUGCUAGUAACUCGCUUUUAGAAGCCCUGGUUUUCGCGAGACGGGCAGUUCAGCCUUCAACUGACCUCAUGAAACGCACAAAACUUGAUCUAAGCGCAUCAGAGAAAUGGACAAGGCCUGUUGUUGCGACAGCUAGAUCGCUAGGAGAUGAAGUACUAUCAAAGAUUAUAGCUUUGACUAGAGAAGUGAGAAGAGAGCUUCAGGAAGUGAUGUGGAAGUAUGUUGGUAUCGUCAGAUCAACCAUUCGGCUCAACACGGCUGAGAGGAAAAUCGCAGAGCUAGAAGCGAAAUGGGAAACGUUUUUGUUUGAACAUGGAUGGGAACAGACAGUGGUAGCUCUUGAAGCUUGUGAGAUGAGAAACUUAUUCUGUUGCGCUAAGCUUGUAGUGAGCAGCGCCCUAGCCAGACAUGAAAGCCGCGGUCUUCAUUACAUGACAGACUUUCCUUUUGUGGAAGAAAGCAAGCGCAUUCCGACAAUAAUUCUCCCGUCUUCUCCUACAACAGCUAGUUGGAGCUCAAGGCGGUUACAGAACAUACGCAGCAGCUCACUUGUUGAUUGUUAAAACUGCAGGAGUUUGUUCUUAUUUGAAGCCAAUCAAUUCUGUUACUUGUAUUCAUAUGAAUAAACUUUGGCAUUCAAAAGAAUACUCUGAUUCUGACACUGUAAUACAAAAGAAAAUAAAGUAUUCAUCUGAGAUAAACAAUUAU